AUGGUGCUUUAUGCUUUCAUGUUUUUGUGCCUUGUAAAAGGUGUUGCUGGUUCGUAUUGUUCUGACACGUCGUCAAAUUUUCCAGUGGCCACCAUGUGUAGCGCAUCCAGUGCCCAGGGUGCAUAUAUUGUGAUUGAUGUAACAGGCGCUAACAGCAGGACGACAGAGGAAAUCCGGUCCUGUACGUGCUACCUAACCCCUCUGACAACCAACGACAAUGCUAGAUUGUAUGUAUUUACACGGAGCUCUAUACAGCCAGGGUUUGGUACGUGCGGAAGUAGAGUGGACGUAAUAAUAGACAGUACUAAAGAUUCUGGAGUGCUCCGAAACACGUGUUCUCUAGGAGGGAAUAUCCAGCUAAGAAACAAUAGUCUGAGUAAUAUAACCUUCGUCAAAGAAUUUCCUCCAAAUUCCGAUAAUUACUGCAUGGCAUUACGAUCAGAUGAUUCCGGAGCACAACUGCACGUUCAGUGUUUUAUUCCGGGAGAAGAGAGUCCUUUUCCAACAUUACCACCAACUACUAUAAAGCCCAUGACCCCUUUUCCAACACAGUCAACAACAGAAUCGUCCUUAACAUCAACAACACAAGCCCCCACAACGAAACAUACAACAGAGUUUCAAACAACAUCCACAAUAUCUACAAGAACGUCUUCGCCAACAUUAACAACACUAACGUCCAUUUCAUCAACUUCAAAGAGUAUGUCACCAACAAAUACUUCAUCUUCAUCAACAACCGUGCCCUCAACUCCUUCAACAGAAAGCUCAACUACUUUUAUUUCAAACUCCAGUACAUCUACAGCUAAUUCACAGUCAUCAACGACACCAUUAACACAAGCAACAUCCACAAAAGCAAUCUCAUUGUCGACGACCACUCCGUCAACUAACACCACAUAUCCAUCUUACAAUUCUACAUCAUCUACUACUUUUUAUUCAACUACUACAGACACACAUAUAAUCCCAACAGGUGAAACCACAACAGCAACAACAAAGUCUGAGACAUUUUCAUCAACAUCAAAAUCUCCAUUAGAAACAACAAUAAAUUCUGAAACAACAAAGCCAUCAACAACAAAAUCAUCAUCAACAUCUCCUAUUGAUCAAACUAAUUCAACUUUACCUUCAAACAGUUCUUCGUUAUCUUCUACAAUGUCACCUUUAACAACUACUUCACAAACCACCUCUUCUCACUCUCCCGUUGUAACAACUGAUAUGGUUGAAACAUCCACAUCUAUAACACAGUCAUCUCCUCAGAGCAUAUCUAAUUCCAAAACUGAAGAUCAUACCGUAACAACAGAAGCCAAAACUUCAUCGACAACAACUUUUGUUUCAACUACUAUUACUCUCAGAGAAACUACAAGUCCUCAGCAUUCUGAAACAACUCCUCACUUCACAGAAUCAACAACACACGCAUCAACACAAGCACCAAUAUCGUCUACAAAGAUCUACACUGUACAAUCUACAGCACAAUCAAUAACGACACCAGAAUCCAAACCCGUAGACACAACUCAAUCAUCGACAACGACAACAACCCAAACUAGCACCAGCUCGUCAACUCCAACCUUUACAACUGAAUCCACAUCAUUUAUACAAAGUUCAACAACUUCAACCACUGAAUCUGCAACAGAAAUUCAGCAAAGUUCAUCGCCGUCAGUUACAUCCCAGACUUCAUCAACAACAACACCAACAGAUAAGCCAACAGAGACAACAAGUCAAUCAUCAACAGCAACUUCUACCAUUAAAAGUACAACACAACUUCAAGCAAGUUCAUCACCAUCAGUUACAUCCGAAACAUCAUCAAAAACACCAACAGAAAAACCAACACAGACAAGAAGCGAGCCAUCAACAACGGUCGAAAUGAGCCAAACUCCUACAUCAACAGCUUCAACAACAGUUGAAAAUAAAUCCACCGCUACAUCAGUCAGUCCAGAUACGACAGCAUCCCAAAAUACAACACAAAGUCCCGAACAGGGUAAACCUAGUGAAAAGACAAAUGACGUGCCGUUAUCAGUUAUAAUCCCCGUGGCUGUGGGUGGUUUUGUACUACUUACCGUCAUUGUAGCAAUCGCUGUGUGUUUCAGGCGAGGCAGCAGGGGCGGUGAAACACUUAUUGGAAGAGCUGAGAGGCAAAUAAAUGAUAAGUCGACUUAUGACAAUCCCACUUACGAGGACUUCUGGUAUUCUAACAACGUCAGCGAGAAAGACGUUGAUACCGACUCCAUGAUGCAGGAAAAAGACAGAACCGACAGCAUGGAAGAUUUAAAUCCGGAAGAGGAAUCCGAACAAGUUAAAAUUGAUGGAGAUACAUGGACGCAUUUAUGACGUAAUAGAUAGCUUAAGUCCCUGUGCCAAAUAGCCAUAAUUUAUUUGCAAUAUUUACAAUUUGCCUCUCCUUUAAACAUUUUAUAUAUGA